AUAUAUGUGAAAUGGUUUGAUACAGUAAUGGAAUACUAUGUGAUUUUAGUGUAUUUAGUGAAUGUCACUUUUUGUCAUUUUCAAAUUUCACGCCGUUCCGUUCCCGUACGUCCUGACAUCACAGGGAAUGGAACCCAGAAGACAGAUGCCGGCAUCGGCCAGGGGACAUUGCCGGGGACACUGCAGGGGGGACAUCGCGGGACCGCAGGACAAGGUAAGAGAAGAACAGAUCCCGGAGCAGCACCGCAGGGUAUUCCCGAGUGCAGCUCGGGGUUACUGCUUGUGCUACACUCAGGAAUACCUCCAGGGAGGCUACGA